CCUGCGAAGAUGGAUAUAAGCUGGAAAAUGAGACCUGUGUGAGCUGCCCAUUUGGCUUAGGUGGAUUCAACUGUGGAAACCCAUAUCAGCUCAUCACUGUGGUGAUCGCGGCUGCAGGAGGGGGACUUCUGCUUAUCAUGGGCAUAGCACUGAUUGUCACCUGCUGCCGGAAGAAUAAAAAUGACAUAAGUAAACUCAUUUUCAAGAGUGGGGAUUUCCAGAUGUCACCAUAUGCUGAAUAUCCGAAGAACCCCCGGGCACAGGAGUGGGGCAGAGAGACCAUCGAGAUGCAGGAGAAUGGAAGCACCAAGAACCUGUUGCAGAUGACAGAUGUGUAUUAUUCGCCAACGGGACUGAGAAAUCCUGAACUGGAAAGAAAUGGACUUUAUCCUCCCUACACUGGUUUGCCUGGAUCUCGACAUUCAUGCAUCUACCCUGGACAAUACAAUCCAUCCUUCAUUAGUGACGAAACCAGAAGAAGAGACUAUUUUUAG